UUAUCAUGACAGGAUUUCUGGGGCCAGUAGUGAUUAAAAUACUAAAUCCAAUAGGUGCACAAGCAUUCACUCUUGAAAUUUUAUUUAAAUUUGAUGAUUUAAUUAUAAUUUUAAUAAAACUAUGAAAAAAAAGCUUUCGUCAACUUACACGGUCACCAAUUUUAGUUCAACAACGAAACUUGCCGAUAAUGUAUCUCAAGUCCCAGUCGGUAGUAUUGAAACAAUCUGUGACAAAGUUUACAAUCCCUAUGAGCACAGAAAUUUGCAACAUCCCAACACAUUUUCCGGAGCGUUGAUGCACUUAUUGAAGAGUUCUUUAGGUACAGGAAUUCUAGCCAUACCAAGUGCUGUGGCGGCUGCUGGAAUUGUUGUUGGUGUUGUUGGAACUGUCCUAACCGGAAUUUUGUGUACUCACACUAUUCAUUUACUGAUUUACGCCUCACAAGAAAUAUGCAAGAAAGCCAAAGUACCAAUGUUAGGAUUUGGCGAAACAGCUCAUGCUGUAUUCAAACACGGCCCAAAAGGCGUCCAACCUUUUGCAAACUUCGCCAAAAAUUUUGUAGACAUUUCUCUCCUCUUGACCUACUGUGCAGGAAAUGCAGUUUACGUAGUUUUUAUUACUGGAAACAUCCAAGACGUUGUGAACUACCACCAAGAAUUUGUUGCUGAUUGGCCACUACAAUAUUACAUUCUUAUGCUUUUGGUGCCUUUAGUAAUAUGUUGCCAAAUCAGGCAAUUGAAACAAUUGGUACCAUUUUCUAUAAUUGCGAAUGUUACAAUGGUUACAGCUUUUUUAAUCACUCUUUAUUACAUGUUUUCGGGGAUUGGCGAAGUUAAGAUUGAAGACCGAAAACUCUUCAACGAUAUUUCUCUAUUUCCACUUUUCUUCAGUACCGUGUUAUUUGCCAUGGAGGGAAUUGGAACAAUGCUACCAAUUGAAAAUUCACUAUCCAAACCACAAUUCAUUGGAUGUCCUGGUAUUUUAAACAUUGCAAUGAGUUGUGUGGUUACUCUUUAUACUGUUAUUGGUCUCUUCGGUUACCUCAGAUUUGGUGAUAAAGUUAACGCAAAUGUCAUCGAAGAAUUACCAAACACAGACAUCGCAGCACAGGUAGCCAAGAUGUGUGUAGCCACCGCUGUUUUUUUCACAUUUAUGUUGCAAUUUUAUGUCCCUUGUGAAAUAACAUGGAGGAAACUAUCACCAAAAAUCCCAAAAAACUACCACAAUAUUUCACAAAUUGUUAUGAGAACACUGUUGGUGGUUUUUAUAACGGCAUUAGCUGCAGCUGUUCCAAAAUUGGACGCUAUUAUCGGAUUAGUAGGAUCAAUAUGUUUUUCAACUCUUGGACUUUUUAUACCAGCCGUUAUUGACAUUAUUUUAAAUUUGGGAGAAAAUGCUGAUUUUGGUUUCAUGAAGUGGAGAUUAUUAAAAAAUAUUUUUAUUGUUAUCUUGUCAUGGUUUGCACUUGUCUCAGGUAGUUACUAUGCUAUUAAAGGAUUAAUUGAAGAUUGAAAGAACAAAAGAAAGCAUAUUUAACUUUAAACGUUGGUUAAGCAAAUACAAAUAUGACAUAUUUCUUACGAAAAAUUUUGAAAGAAAAUUAUUAAAAAGUUUGUACAUUUUAUCAUUACUUUUAAUGGAAUUAUGUCAAUUAAAAUUUAAUUUUGUUGAUGUGUAUAAAUUAUAUGUUGUAUAUUUUGCAAUCAUAUUUUCCACUUAAUUUAAUCCAAUAUUAGUUUUAUCUUUAAAAUAAUUUUAUAAAUUAAAAUCAAACUGCACAAAAACAAUAACGUAAAUAAAAUUAAAAUAAAAAAUAAAACCAGCGCAUCCACCAAAGUUGUAGUUUUAUACUCUACAAAAAUUGCUGUAAGACACCAAUAAAAAUACAAAAUAUUAAAAAAAUACCACCUUGUUGAGUUAAAUAAUUUUAUUUGCAAUUACUUGUGCUCCAACUAAUUUAAUUAAUAAGUGAUUAAAUUUUCAGCAUAGAUGUGUAGAUUACAAAUUCUACUUAUUAUUUUGUAAAGUUUUCACAUGCUUUGGAAAUAUAACACUAAACUGACUUCUUUUUAUAAAACCAUCAUUUACAUUUCUGUUUAUUGUUUGCGGAAAUAAGUUUACGUUAGUUUUGUCCUUUGAAAUGCGUGCAGAAUAUCUACGACUAGUUUUUGUCUUCGUUGUUUCAAAUCCAGAAACAAUAUUCCAAUCACGAUAUACCAUUAAAAUUAAUGAACAAAUCAUUAAUAAUAUUCCUAAUGUAAGUAUUAAAUUUUUUACAACAUGCAACAGAUUGAUAACAUAAAACAUAUUUUUGAGAAAUGUAAUUAUUCUUUCGUCGGUUUCUUGAACCUAAAAGCUAAUUAUUUAAAUUGUAAAUAAAGAAUAAAAAAACGUCAAUUAACUUUUUCUGUCCACAAAAUAGGAAAUAUACCUUCUCUCAUGUUUGUUGUACCUAAAUGUUUACUUUGUUUUAUUGGGACAUUAAACUGGAAUCUAAUGGCAUAAUUUAGAAUUAUUCCACUCCGCUGAAACAUAUCUCUUAGCCUUAGUAGUCUGCUAAUAAAACACAAAAUUCAAAUUUACUAUUCCAAGUGCAAUAAAAGAAUCAUGUAUUUUUUUCUUCGGUGCUAAUCCUUUAACAUAAUUUAGAAGCACAUCGUCACCAAGAUAAAAAUGCGGGUGAGACAAAAUAAUAUCCAUGUUUUUACAAUUGCUUAAAUUCAUGGUUCCUUUAAUGUUGCAAGACAAGGAACCUUUCUUUUUUCCAGAAGAUUUACAAAAACAAGAAUUUUUUUUAGAUGAAUCAAAAGUCUCUUGAUCCAUUACAUAAAUGGAAACUGGUACAUCAUAAAUUUUGCUAUAACCGUCAAAUGGGAAAGCUAUGGACCUACAAAAUUCACUGAAAAAUGUGUAAAUACUUCGUUUGGUUGAAUAUGUUGAAGGCGGAAAUAUAAUUAAGUUUGAUCCUUCAAUCUUAUUGCAUUUAGAUUUUAAACGCCAAUUAUUUAAAAAUUUUCGUCCUUGAUACGUUAGUAUGUGUCCUCUCUCAGAAUUGUUGUUUCGUAUAAGAAUUUUAAAAGGUCCAUUUUCAGUUUUAUUAAUCUUUAAGACGUACAUUUGAUAAUAUUAUGUUUUAUUUAAUAAGUCUGUACUUACAUGAUUAAAUAUUGAAUAUUUUAAAUCGUUACCAAAUUCUCUCAGAAAUUCCAUUUGCUCAGUUUUUAAAUACAAACAUACCAGACCUAACACAACAUUAACUUGUUUUUACUGUUAGAAACAAUUGCCAUUGUUACAAACCAGACUCGUUUAAACAGUUUAUAACAAUACCAUCAAACAAAAUAUCACGAACCCUUGCUUGGAUAAAUAAAUCAUAUUCGUCCAAAAAAUUCUCAAAUACAGCGUUAAUUUUACCAUCAGUCUGGUGUUUAACUUGAUCUUCAAUAUUAUUUCCUAUUGUCUGCAAAAACUACAAUUACGUAUUUAAUUACACAAAAAGAUUUCUUUCUACGAUCAAAGCACUAUUUAUAACGGUAAUAAAAUCAUCUUCUGUGCGCCCUCCACUUUCUUCUGCAUUGAAAAAUAAUUGAGUUCUUUCAAGGAAAUCAAACGUGUCUGAAUUUUCUGUGUAGUUAAUAACUGUUCUAAAUUUUAGCUCACUUAAAUAAAGUAGUAAGAAAAUUUUUAUAGUGUAACAGUAAUUUACUUGUAAACAUAAGGACCAACUUCUCUCAAAACGGGUUUUUCUCCGUUUUUUAUUUCCUCACUGUUUGUAACAUCAAAAAAGUAAAUUUUGAUUUUAGUUUUUACAGUUGGAUUUAAAAAUUCAUUAAAUAAAAAUGAUCCGUUUUUGUAAACCGCCUGAAAAUUAUUUGUUACAAUAUUUUAGCACAGGUGUGGAUUAUACUUGUAAAAAAUAAGAAUUUUCUAUUAUGGGAAUUACAUAUAGUGAAGAUAUAACACCCAAAAAUAAUAUGAAACAACCAAAAAUGCCAACAGUGGGAG